AUGACAACUUCAGAUAGCAGCGACUCGAAUGUUGGCGACAUUGUCUUUACCCCUUCCGGCACCGAGUCGCCUCUCCCUCCGUUUACAGGCGCCCACAAACCCUCCGGCCGUGCUCGAAGCCCCUUGCGUAUCUCCUCGUUACAGCCCACCGUCAAGGACGAGUCCCAUGCAAGACGGCACCAAGACCGCCUCCUUUUCGAUGAAGAGCAGGAUCUGGAUCCUUCAGACGACGAGAUGGCGGUGAAGCCUUCGAUGCAUCGGCCCUCCGGGCCACAGGCACAUUUACCGUUACUGGGAGAAGACAAAUCGCUCAUUCGGGGACGGCCACAGAGUCCCAGGCUUGCUGGGUCGAGCAGAUCUCCAUUCGCGUCACGAAGAAGCACGUUCCGGUCCAGAUCACCGACAUAUGCGCAACCCGAGGACGUGGUGCGGCGGAAAUAUAUCUAUGCCUCCUUCUUUCUGGUUCUCUCUCUGAUCACGUUUGUGGUGCAGACCGAGACCGCGGUCUAUAUCCAGCACGAAUUGAAAUGGGACAAGGCGUACUGCAUGAUGUAUUUCACGCAUGGCUCCUGGGUGUUUCUGUGGCCUUUCCAGCUUCUUGUCAUUCGAAUUCAAAAGCGGAAGAUCUCCUGGCCUGCGUUCUGGCGUCGCCAUAAGUACCUCCUGAAGUCUACUGCUCAGAUGGUCCAGUCCCAAGAACUCUAUCUGUCGCCUGCCGCCGCGUCGGUUUCGCCCUGGCCCUAUAUGAUCAAGGCGACAGCCUUCAUCACGACCUUCCUCACCAUGGCCGGCGGCUCAUGGUACGUGGCUGUCAAUUUGACGUCUCCUUCCGAUUUGACGGCCAUCUACAACUGCUCAGCCUUCUUCGCCUACGUCUUUUCAAUUAUGCUUCUGAACGAUAGACUGCGCUUCGACAAGGCCUUUUCUGUCGGCCUGGCUAUCAUCGGGGUUCUGAUUGUCGCGUACGGCGACAAAGAUGAUUCGACGCCGGGCCCUGGGACUUCGAACCCAGGCGCAGAGCAGGGCUUCAGCACCAAACUCCUCGGCAAUAUCAUAAUUGGCCUCGGGUCUGUCGCUUACGGCCUCUACGAGGUCCUCUACAAGCGCUUCGCAUGUCCGCCGGAAGGCACUUCUCCGGGCCGAGGCAUGAUCUUCGCCAACACCUUCGGCAGCAUGGUCGGGCUUUUCACGCUUCUAGUUCUCUGGAUCCCUCUGCCGAUUCUGCACAUUACAGGUCUGGAACGAUUUGAGCUGCCCACCGGCCGGACUGCAGGCCUGCUUGCCAUCUCCACGCUUUCCAACGCCGUCUUCUCUGGCUCCUUCCUCGUCCUCAUGUCUCUCACGUCUCCUGUACUCAGCUCCGUUGCGUCGCUCUUGACGAUUUUCCUCGUCGGGAUCACGGACUGGCUGAUCACGGGCAAGCCGCUCAGCUCGGCCGCACUAGCAGGCGGUGCGCUGAUCAUUGUCGCUUUCUGCAUGUUGAGCUUUGCCACGUACCGGGAGAUGAAGGAAGAGCAAGUCAAGCGGGAAGAGGACUCGGACAAAGUGUUCGAGGACGACGAGGACGACUUCGUCCCGGGCAAUGAGGAUGAUGAGCUCGGGCGACCCAAGCGAAGAGCGAGCGAUGAUUGA